AACAGUGCGGUCAGCUGACUCCGCAACUGCGCCGUCAUCCCGGCUAUAAGCGCAGGACCUCGCGGCGCUGCGCUCCGACCCGGCCGCCGCCACCAUGCAGCCCCCCAGCCUGCUGCUGCUCGUCCUCGGCCUGCUGGCCGCGCCCGCCGCCGCGCUGGUCAGAAUCCCUCUGCACAAGUUCACCUCUGUCCGCCGGACCAUGACAGAGUUGGGGGGCCCCGUGGAGGAUCUGAUUGCCAAGGGCCCCAUUUCAAAGUAUGCCCAGGGGGCACCCGCAGCAACUGGGGGACCCAUUCCUGAGAUGCUCAGGAACUACAUGGACGCCCAGUACUACGGCGAGAUCGGCAUUGGGACACCCCCACAGUGCUUCACGGUCGUCUUCGACACCGGCUCCUCCAACCUGUGGGUCCCCUCAAUCCACUGCAAGCUGCUGGACAUCGCCUGCUGGAUCCACCACAAGUACAACAGCGGCAAGUCCAGCACAUAUGUGAAGAAUGGCACGUCCUUCGACAUCCACUACGGUUCGGGCAGCCUCUCUGGGUACCUGAGCCAGGACACCGUGUCGGUGCCCUGUAAGUCGGCUCUGUCGGGCCUGGCUGGCAUCAAGGUGGAGAGGCAGACCUUCGGGGAGGCCACCAAGCAGCCGGGCAUCACCUUCAUCGCAGCCAAGUUUGACGGCAUCCUGGGCAUGGCCUACCCCCGCAUCUCUGUCAACAACGUGCUGCCUGUCUUCGACAACCUGAUGCAGCAAAAGCUGGUGGAGAAGAACAUCUUUUCCUUCUACCUGAACAGGGACCCCAAUGCGCAGCCUGGGGGUGAGCUGAUGCUGGGUGGCACAGACUCCAAGUACUACAAGGGCCCCCUGUCCUACCUCAAUGUCACCCGCAAGGCAUACUGGCAGGUCCACAUGGAGCAGGUGGAUGUGGGCAGCAGCCUGACGCUGUGCAAGGGGGGCUGUGAGGCCAUCGUGGACACAGGCACCUCCCUCAUAGUGGGCCCCGUGGACGAGGUGCGUGAGCUGCAGAAGGCCAUCGGAGCUGUGCCCUUGAUCCAGGGCGAGUACAUGAUCCCCUGUGAGAAGGUGUCCACCCUGCCCGAUGUCACUCUGAAGCUGGGCGGCAAACUUUACAAGCUGUCCUCAGAGGACUAUACACUGAAGGUUUCACAAGGUGGGAAGACCAUCUGCUUGAGUGGCUUCAUGGGCAUGGACAUCCCCCCACCUGGUGGGCCUCUCUGGAUCCUGGGUGAUGUCUUCAUCGGCUGCUACUACACCGUGUUCGACCGGGACCAGAACCGGGUGGGCCUGGCCCAGGCCACUAGGCUCUAGCCGCCUGCCCGCUGGAGAGGAAGGAGUCCAGCAGGAGGAGGCCAGCUGCCCCACCCUCCCGGCUGCCCCUGCCACACACACUCACGCUCAAACUCACACUCAUAACCCAGCUCCGCAGGCGCCGGCCUGCCAGGCCCGCCGUUCUGUUCUGUGGUUUUCCCCAGCCCUGGUUACAGAAGUGCUGCCUGCCCGCCCGCCCGUCUGUCUGUCUGUGCGAUGGGGGUGGGGGGGGGGUGGGCAGCAGCCAGUAGGCUGAUCCAGAGCAUGGAGCCCCUUCACUAACUUGGAAGCCCCAGCCUGGCUUGGCAGCUGAUCAGUUGUGUGUCCCAGGACCCCUCACCCAAGUAGUUCCUCCUCCUGCCCCCCCACCCCCUGGUCUGUGCUUUGGGCCCGGCUGCCCCGGCAGGACCUCUGGGCUGAGCCCCCACCCCGGGCCAGGCUGUUUUCUGGGUUCCUCCUGCCCCUGGCCUGGGGUCGGGAGCUGGGUGCUGCUGGCCCCACCCGCCUUCCCGUGUAGGCCCAUUGAGGAAGGGGCCGGCCAAUGCCUAGGACAAGCAGGAAGGAGCAGGAGCAGGAAGGGUCGGGCCAGGGGACAGAAGCCAGCCUUGUGAUGCCGUUGGGGUCAUCCUGGAGCUCGACCCCAGCUAGGAGGGCAUUGACUCGUCCAGGGUCAGGGAAGGAGGGGAGGGGGUGGUGCCGUCUACUCUGCAGCUCCCCGCUCUUGAGCGGCCCGGAGCCAAAGUUGACUUGAAAAUACAGUUGUUUGGGCCUCUUU